AAAGACAGUCCGGGGUUACCAACGGGAACGCCAUGGCUGCGCCCGCCCGCCGUCUGUGCCACAUCGCUUUCCACGUGCCCCCAGGACAAACCCUUGCCCGGGAUCUGCAGCGCCUCUUCGGCUUCCAGCCCAUGGCGGUGCGGGAAGCAAAUGGUUGGCGGCAGCUGGCCCUGCGCAGCGGGGACGCAGUCUUUUUGGUGAAUGAGGGCUCGGGAUCCCGGGAGCCGCUCUACAGCCUGGACCCGUGUCACGCCAUGCCCAGCGCCACCAACCUGUGCUUUGAUGUGGCAGAUGCUGGCGGAUCUGCUCGGGCGCUGCAGGUGAGGGGCUGCUGCGUGCUGGUGCCGCCUGUUAGCGUACGGGAUGCGGAGGGUGCUGUCACGUACACGGUAGUCAGCUCGCCGGUGGGCAACCUCAGCCUAACGCUACUAGAGCGCGCCAACUAUCGCGGACAUUUCCUGCCCGGCUUCCAGCCCCUGUCCUCCAAAAUCGGCCCGGGCUGGAUCAGCCAUGUGGAUCACCUGACCCUGGCCUGCACCCGCGGUAGCUCCCCCGCACUGAUGCGCUGGUUCCACGACUGUCUAGGCUUUUACCACUUGCCACUGAGUCCGGGGGAGGUUCCGGACUUGGGCUUCGAGGUGACAGCAGCAUCUGGACGAGGGGGGCUGAGGCUCACUGCCCUGCAGAGCUCCGCAGGCAGUGCUAUCCCCACUCUCCUGCUGGCCGAGUCCCUGCCAGGGGCCGCCAAGAGCCAAGACCAAGUGGAGCAGUUCCUGGCCCACCACAGAGGGCCAGGCCUGCAGCACGUGGGGCUGUACACACCAAACAUCAUGGAAGCCACUGAAAAGGUGACCUUGGCUGGGGGCCAGUUCCUGACUCCUCCUGAGGCCUACUACCAGCUGCCUGACAAGGAAAGGCAGAUCCUAGCUGCAGGGCAUGAGCCCAGCCAGCUGGCCCAACAGGGAAUCCUGCUAGAUGGCAGUAAAGGCCAGUUUUUGCUUCAGAUCUUUACCAAGUCACUCUUCGCAGAGGACACCUUCUUCCUGGAGCUGAUUCAGAGGCAGGGGGCCACAGGCUUUGGCCAGGGCAACAUCCAGGCCCUGUGGCAGUCUGUGAAGGAGCAAGCUGCCAGGAGUAAGGAAGCUUGACAGCCGGAGCUGGCAACCACCUGUCCUGAAGGUGUGAAGAAUCCAGCCAGCACAGGGCCUGGCAGAAAGGAGAAACACCUAG